AUGAAUAUUAACAAGGAAAACAAUAUACCUUUUAAACUCCAACAACAAGUCAAUUAUUAUGACUUUUAAUAAGACUAUUAAAAUUUACCGUUAAAUGAGCAUUAACUACUUGAAUAAAACAAAAGAAAAUCAGCUUUAUACUAAAAAAUAAGACCUUACAUAAAAAGACUUAUUUUAUAUAUUUUAAUAUUAUUAUCAUCUAUAUUAUUCUUCUCACAAAUAUAUAUUGUUUCGUAAUAAAAAAAACCUUUAGAAAGUCCGAAUGAACAUUUUUUUUAAAAUAAUUGGCAAGAUAUAACAGAUAAAAUAAUAAAACCUAAAACAUUAAAAAGUAAAUUUGAAGCUAUAAAACUAAAAGAAAAUAAUUUAAAAGUACUUUUAAUAUCUGAACCUAAUUUACCCUUUAGUGGCGCUUCUUUAGACAUAAAUGUAGGUUCAUUUGAUGAUCCAGAUUAAUUUUAAGGACUUGCACAUCUUUUAGAACAUAUGUUAUUUAUGGGAAGUGAAAAAUAUCAAGAUGAAAAUUUAUUUAAUGAUUUGAUAUCAAGAAAUGGAGGAUAAUCUAAUGCAUAUACAGACAGUGGAAACACAAAUUUUCAUUUUGAAAGCACAAAUAAUAAUUUUGAGUAAAUUUUAGAUGUAUGGAGUCGAUUUUUCAUUGACCCUCUUUUAAAAGAAGAUCAACUAGAACGAGAAAUAUAAUCAGUAGAUUCUGAAUAUAUGAAUACUUUAACCAUAGAAGAUGAAAGAAUUUAAAGCUUAUUAGUUGAUAUAAGUGAUAAAGAACAUCCUAUAGUAAUUUUAGUUGCGGAAAUGCGGAUUCUUUAAUGAAGAAUCCUAAAGAAACAUAAAUUGCCCUUAUAGAGUUUCUUAAGAAAUAUUAUUUUGCAGAAAACAUGACUUUGGUAGUAAAAAUAGAUUCUUUUA